AUGUCUGUUGGAAAUGGUCAACUUGGUGACCGAUCCGAAGCAUCAUUCUCGACGGUUAAACUUCCAGAAAUUCGGCUUCCGUCGUUCGGUGGUAGAAUUAAGGAGUGGGCUACGUUCCGGAAUAGUUUCCGCAGCCUGAUCCACGAGAACAAGCAACUAACCGAUAUGGACAGGUUCAGCUAUCUGAAGUCAGUCCUGUCAGGAGAGGCCCUGCAGGAGAUCGAGUCGGUGGAGCUUUCGGCAGUGAAUUACAGCGUAGCGUGGAAGGCACUUGAGUCCCGCUACGAGAACAAGAAGCUGAUUGUGAAGGCACAUCUGGAUUCCCUUUUUGCCGUGGCUUAA